UCUGUCGGACAAAGUUGAUUCAGACAGUAUGCACUGAUAUUAACACUGGCAGCAUUUCAGAUAAUGAAAGCUGGGAAGUUCAUUUUUUAAAUAUGGCCUCUGAAAAUAAAGUCCAAACGCCUAAGACAAUAGAUUUUGUCCAAAUAUAGGAGAAAUUUUUAGUUUAGAUGCUGGAUGACAUUUCAACUAUGUGUCUUCCAAGACAGAAUUACAGUAUAACUAAUCUGUGCAUGUACCUUUGUAAUGAUACAGCUGUUUCUGAUCAACUUUUUUUUCUAGUUUAUCAUGACCAUCAAGGCUUUGGGUUAGGAGUAAGGAAAUGCUGCAAUCAGACAUAGGCGUUAUACAUUAGUAAUAUCUAUUACAGUUUUAUUAAAUUUAUUUUGUUCAUAAUUCUAAUGUCUUCCUUUUAGUGUAUCAAGUCCCAUGAACACAACUACCAACUGGGCAGCUCCAAUUGUGUGGCAUGGCACUUUCAAUGAAUUUAUACUGGAAAAGUAUUACACAAGUCAUAAAAUUACUGUGGGGUUGACUGUGUUUGCUGUGGGAAGAUACACUGACUGUUAUUUGUAUACAUUUAUAUCAUCUGCUGAUACAUAUUUUAUGGUUGGCCAGAGAGUCAUAAUUUAUGUCCUGAUAGAUGACUUCUCCAAGAUGCCUUGGAUAGACCUGAGUCCCCUCUGAACAAUGAAAGGUUUUGAAAUCAAGCGAGAGAAGAGAUGGCAAGAUAUCAAUAUGAUGCGCAUGAAGACCAUCAGUGAACAUGUUAUAGAUCACAUACAAUAUGAAGUUGACUUCCUCUUCUGUAUGGAUGUGGAUCAAAUCUUCCUAAGAAAAUAUGGACUGGAGACGGGGGAGUUAGUAGCUCAGUUACAGGCUUAUUGGUAUAAGAGAGGUCCCAUAGAGUUCCCUUAUGAGAGAAGUCAAUUAUCAGAAGCACAUACACCAAUUGGCAAGGGAGGUUUUUAUUACCAUGCUGCUGUAUUUGGUGGCACUCCCAUUCAGGUUCUCAACAUUGCCAAGGAUUGCUUCAAAGGAAUCUUGAACGACAAGAAAAAUAACAUUGAAGCAGUGUGGCAUGAUGAAAGUCACUUAAACAAGUAUUUCUUUCUCCACAAACCCACUAAACUCUUGUCACCAGAGUACUGCUGGGAUUUAUUUAGAAACAAUAAUGAUGAGAUUAACAAUGUUAAACUUUAUUGGGCUAUUAAAAAUUAUGAGUAUGUCAGACAGACAGAGUUAUUGUAAAGCCCUUCCUUUUUCUGAAUUUAAAAGCAUCGUUUUAUUUUUAGAAAAUUAGUACUUGAUAAACUUUAGCACUAAAAAAAAUCACUAACAAAAUGACAAGCCUACAAACACAGUAUAUUCAUACUUUUUCUCACACUGAUUUUGAAUCAUAUAACAUGGGAUAUAGGAGUUGCAGAAUGAAUGUAUGACAUCAGAUGGAGAUACAGUGUUUUCAUAUCUUACAUGAAUUUUGAGGAAAUAUUUUUUUGGAUCACAUUGGACAAAAUAGUCUUUCAGAAGAAAAUUAAACCUGAAUUGUUUUCAUUGACCCAAGUAGAUAUGUAUUUCCAUAUUGCUUAGGGAGAGGGAUUGUUUAGGGGUGUGAAUAAGGGAAAAUCAGUGUAUAUUAACUGAAAGUCAGUUAUUAAGUGAAUCAGGGAAAGUCAGAGUAUAUUAAUGUACUCCCUAUGUAAAAUUUUGAGGAUAUUAAAGCUGCCACCGAUGGGCAGACAAUUACUUAGAAAAUUUUGGGUCAUUUA